AUGAGCACUGUUACCGUCGAUAUCUCGCAAGGAAUUGCGACCAUCACAUUGAAUGCGCCCAAGCGACUCAACGCAUUGUCACGGGACGACUACGAUGUCUUCGCAAAGGCUCUCAGAGAAAUAGACAAGAGAGACGAUGUCGUCGCCACCGUGUGGCAAGCCACUGGCAGGUGGUUCUGUGCCGGAACGGACGUCAGUGUCCAGCGGGAUGACGUGGGGCCCAAUGUCCGGGAACAGUUCCUUCACAGAGUUGCUGCGACCAAUACGGAAUGUAGCCAUGCAUUGUCUUCGCACAGCAAAAUCCUGGUCGCUGCUCUGAACGGGCCUGUGAUGGGUAUGAUGUUUGCAGCGUUACUAGGAAACUUUGACUUCAUCUACUCUGUCCCUGAAGCAUGGCUUUACGUUGGAUUUGCCUUCCUUGGAAUCAGUGUCGAAGGUGGGGCUAGCGUCGGCUUUGUGAAUAAGAUGGGCCUUGCCAGAGCCAACGAGGUUCUGAUUUUCAACAAGAAGAAAACUGCUCAAGAACUUGAGUCCUGUGGCUUCAUCAACAAAAUCUUCCCUUCCCAGUCGACGGAGUCGUUUCACGCGUCUGUAAGGCAACACUUACUGGAUGAGCUGGACGGACUCGACGCAGCCGCAGUCCUCUCUAUUCGCAACCGUAUUCGGGAAGGACUCAAGCAGAGAAAUGACCCUGAUUCCGUGACCUUGAGAGAGAGUUAUGGGCAGGCAGAGAGGUUUGCGACCGGUAUCCCGGCGGUUCGAUUUGGUAAAGUCUCCAGGAAGGAGAUUCGACAUAAACUUUAG